GCGGCGAGGGGAACCUGGAGAAGCCCCGGAGCCUGAGCCACUGACAGGAGCGGAGAGGGGGGCGGUGGCGGCGACGGCAGGAGGAGGAUGGCCCGGGGCGCUGGCGCCGGUGCGGACGGCGGUGCUGGCGGCGGCGGCGGCGGGGGUGACGGCCGCGGUCCCAGCGGCGGCAGCAGCAGCGGCGGGAGGAGCCUCCGGGCAUUGCCAACCACAUUGCAAAGUAGACCUUAUCAUCAUCCCACUUCUUCGUUUCCACCACCUCCCUCACCAACUAGAAAUGGAUGAAAAGAGGCUACUGGAUCCAGGGUUGAAAGUUCGUAAAGGCCUCUGGGAUCAUACUCUGAAGAACCAGCAGAUGGAAUGCCUGAGUGACUGAAGAAAAUGGGUGCUAAUGCAUCUAGCUAUCCUCAUUCAUGUUCCCCGAGGGUAGGGGGAAAUUCUCAAGCCCAGCAGACUUUUAUAGGGACAUCAUCCUAUUCUCAGCAAGGCUAUGGUUGUGAAUCAAAAUUAUAUAGUCUUGACCAUGGCCAUGAAAAACCACAAGACAAAAAAAAGAGAACCUCUGGCCUUGCCACCCUCAAAAAGAAGUUUAUCAAGCGUCGAAAAUCUAAUCGGUCUGCUGAUCACGCCAAGCAGAUGCGAGAACUCCUCUCUGGGUGGGAUGUUCGAGAUGUCAAUGCGUUAGUGGAGGAAUAUGAGGGAACUUCAGCCUUAAAGGAGCUUUCUUUACAAGCCAGUGUGGCUAGACCAGAAGCCCGGACAUUGCAAAAAGAUAUGGCCGAUCUUUAUGAGUACAAAUAUUGUACUGAUGUAGACUUAAUAUUUCAAGAAACUUGCUUUCCUGUUCAUCGUGCCAUUUUGGCAGCAAGAUGUCCAUUUUUUAAAACACUACUUUCCUCCUCACCUGAGUAUGGGGCAGAGAUCAUCAUGGACAUCAAUACAGCUGGUAUAGAUAUGCCCAUGUUUUCUGCUUUGCUCCACUACCUUUACACAGGAGAGUUUGGAAUGGAGGACUCAAGGUUUCAAAAUGUUGAUAUCCUCGUUCAGCUUAGGGAAGAAUUUGGAACACCAAAUUCCCUUGAUGUAGAUAUGCGUGGACUCUUUGAUUACAUGUGCUAUUAUGAUGUCGUCCUUAGUUUUUCUUCAGACUCUGAACUGGUUGAAGCUUUUGGUGGAAGUCAGAACUGUUUAGAUGAAGAGCUCAAAGCUCAUAAGGCUAUUAUUUCAGCACGGUCCCCAUUUUUUCGAAAUUUAUUACAAAGAAGGAUACGGACUGGUGAAGAAAUCACAGACCGAACUUUGAGGACUCCCACAAGAAUUAUAUUAGAUGAGUCCAUUAUACCAAAAAAAUACGCAAAAGUGAUAUUACACUGUAUGUAUACCGACAUGGUGGACCUGGCCGUUUUGCACUGUAGCCCCUCUGUGGGGAGUCUCAGUGAAGUUCAGGCUCUCGUCGCAGGGAAGCCAAACAUGACCAGGGCAGAAGAAGCCAUGGAGCUUUACCACAUAGCACUGUUCUUGGAAUUUAACAUGCUUGCACAAGGCUGUGAGGAUAUCAUUGCUGAAAGCAUCUCAUUAGAUACCUUAAUUGCCAUCCUCAAGUGGAGCUCUCAUCCAUAUGGCUCUAAGUGGGUACACCGACAAGCUUUACAUUUCCUCUGUGAGGAAUUUUCCCAGGUCAUGACUUCGGAUGUUUUUUAUGAACUCAGCAAAGACCAUCUGCUUACUGCUAUCCAGUCUGACUACCUACAGGCAAGUGAACAAGAUAUCCUUAAAUAUCUGAUUAAAUGGGGUGAGCAUCAGUUAAUGAAGAGAAUAGCAGACAGAGAGCCAAACUUACUGAGUGGCACUGCUCAUAGUGUGAACAAGAGAGGAGUGAAAAGACGGGACCUAGACAUCGAAGAGCUUAGAGAGAUCCUUUCCUCUCUCUUACCUUUUGUGCGAAUUGAACACAUCUUGCCUAUAAACAGUGAAGUCCUAAGUGAUGCAAUGAAAAGAGGCUUGAUUAGUACUCCUCCAUCAGAUAUGCUUCCUACAACAGAAGGUGGAAAGUCAAAUGCCUGGUUACGGCAAAAAAAUGCUGGAAUCUAUGUUCGUCCUCGACUGUUCUCUCCCUACGUAGAAGAAGCAAAGUCAGUGCUAGACGAGAUGAUGGUGGAACAAACAGAUCUUGUGCGUUUGCGAAUGGUUAGAAUGUCCAAUGUGCCAGACACACUCUACAUGGUCAAUAACGCUGUGCCACAGUGCUGCCACGUGAUCAGCCACCAGCAGAUCAGCAGCAACCAGUCAAGCCCUCCUUCAGUGGUAGCAAACGAAAUCCCAGUUCCCCGUCUCCUCGUCAUGAAGGACAUGGUCAGACGUCUGCAGGAGCUGCGGCACACGGAACAGGUGCAGAGGGCCUACGCGCUCAACUGCGGGGAGGGCGCCACGGUCAGCUACGAGAUCCAGAUCCGCGUGCUGAGAGAGUUCGGGCUCGCCGACGCCGCGGCGGAGCUCCUGCAGUUUUUAUUUCAGACUGAAUGCGUACAGAUGUUUUAUCAGAAAGUUCUAGGAGGAUCUUCACUUGUAUGCCUUUUCUGCUUUUGGCUUUUAAUGAAUCCUCACAAAUUCUUCCCUGAUGAACGCUUUGGAGAUGAAAGUCCACUCUUGACAAUGAGACAGUCUGGGAGAGGUCGAGUUAACAGCACCCCCACUGCAGAAACCAUGUUUACAGACCUGGACUCUUUCGUGGCCUUCCAUCCACCCUUACCCCCACCACCACCUCCCUACCACCCGCCAGCGACUCCAGUCCACAACCAGCUCAAAGCAGGCUGGAAGCAGAGACCUCCCAGUCAGCAUCCGUCGCGUUCGUUUUCGUAUCCCUGUAAUCACUCACUGUUUCACUCCAGAGCAGCCCCUAAAGCUGGCCCGCCUCCAGUCUACUUGCCAGGUGUGAAGGCAGCGGCCCCUGACUGUGCCAGCACCACGGGGCUUGGGAGACAGACGGUGGCCGCCGCCGCCGCCGCCUCAGCAGCAGUAGCAUCUGAGAAACAAGUGUGCACACAACCUGUGCUAAACGAUCUAAUGCCAGAUAUUGCCAUGGGUGUGUCCACGCUGUCACUCAAGGACAGGAGGCUUCCAGAACUUGCUGUGGACACAGAAUUAAGCCAGGCAGUUUCUGAAGUAGGACCAGGGCCUCCCCAGCAUCUAUCGUGUAUUUCACAGAGGCAUACACACACGUCUCGAAAGAAACAUACACUAGAGCAAAAAACAGAUGCUCGAGAAAAUCAGCAGGAAUAUCCGGAUUUCUAUGACUUCUCAAAUGCUGCUUGCAGACCAUCCACUCCUGCCCCUGGCAGACGUACCCCCUCCCCUUCACAAGGUGGAUAUCUUGGUCCCGAUUUGUAUAGCCACAAUAAGGCAUCACCAAGUGGCUUAAAGUCAGCCUACCUACCAGGCCAGACCUCGCCUAAAAAGCAGGAAGAAACUAGGAGAGAAUAUCCACUUCCCCCCGACGGGCAUCCACACAGACAGAAGAGUGAGCCGAUACACCUCGACGUUGUUGAGCAGCCUCCCCAGCGGCCAGAUUUUCCCUUGGCAGCCCCAGAAAAUGCCGGCAAUGGUUCAGCCCAUGUCAGGGGGCGAGCAGCAAUGGAGACUGACUUGACUUUUGGGCUGACUCCUAACAGACCUUCACAUUCUGCAUGUAGCUCUGAAGCUCCAGAAGAGAGAUCUGGCAGAAGACUGGCAGAUGAGUCCCUGGGCCAUGUAGCUCAGCGAAAUACAGAUUUGGAAAGGGAAGAUUCAAUCAGCAGAGGAAGGAGGUCCCCGAGCAAGCCAGACUUCCUCUACAAAAAGUCUGCCCUCUGAGAGCAACCUCCAAGUCGUCCGUGCCUGAGAUGUGAAACAUCCCAUUUUAUGAUGUAACCCAACAACUUAGAGACCAGUUUAUUGAUGCCAGCUGAUAACUCAGUUUCACAUUAUUUUAUUCUAGUUUUUGUAUAUACAUGUUUAUUAGACAUGGCAUGCUAAGAGGGUUAUUUUGAAUGCUGCAUCUGUCUGUUUUGUGUUUGAACAGUUGUGUGGGAAAGCAUUUUUAAGAACAAGCAAGCUGGCACUUUUUUUUUUCCCCUCUUUACAAACAAUGGAAUUUUUUUGCACUUGGACCUUUGUUUUAUCUGUAUUGGUUUUAUAUCAGUAUGUUAAACUUUAUUGCCACAUUUAAAGAACUGUAUUUUCAUACUUUUUUGCAUUUUACCUUUCAUCUACCUAUUUCCACGUGCAUUGGAUUGCACACUAAGAUGUAUUUUCUUAUUAAAUAGUUCUGUGUUUAUUUUUUAAUUAUAGAAAUUCCAAAGAACAGCACAUCAAAAUGCUCCUCUCUUUUCCGUAGUUGUUUCAGUUCAGAAACCUUCCUGCUCAGUCUUCAUAAAUCUCAUGUCAUCCUAUUUAAAUAAGUCCUGGAAGCUGAUCUUCAUUCCUCCAGCAGGAGCCCAAUCAGAAAUCCUGAAGUUUUCCUGGUUCAGGAAAGAACAAGGAGAAAAGCCUUCUGCGUCCAGGCAAAAGCUUGUUGUUUCAUCCACAGUGCAGACUCUUGUUAGAAUCACUGCAGGUUCUGGUCAUGUGGAUUAGAGUUUCACUAGAUGAGGUUUGAAAGAGAUCAGCUUUCUUGGAAUCCUAAAGCAGUGGAAUUAGUAACUUAAGCUUGCACUACGGGAUCGCUGCUUCUGAGCAUCAACUCAGCAGCUGAGGGGGGAGUGACUGCUUGCUGCCUUCAGUUGUCCUGCUCUCUGGUGGGGAAGAAAAAAAACAAAAGGGCUUGAGUUUUAUGGAUGUCAUUGGUGUUUGUAAGUAGAUGUUUUACGUGUUUUUCAAAGUGUGUCAGAAUUUUGGUGUCCUUUAAAAAGUUAUUGUAUAAUGCAUAAUGCUUUGUCACCAAAAAAGAAAAACCAUUUUUUUUUUCCAGUGAAACACUACAUGUCCUACUUGAACUCCACUGGGGACGCUGGUUUGGGAUUUUACUGAACCACUGAGCACAUGGGAUCUUUUAAGAUCCUUUCCCUUAGAAGGGCAAUGUGUGAGCUAAGGACUGUUGUUUUCUUACUCUCCAAUGUAAAUAUAUUAGCAUUUGAGUUUUUAAAUCACUUCAACAUUAUUUGAGCAUUCACUUUGUAUUUUUACACAUAACACCCAGCCGUAGCACUUAGAAGAAAAGAGACUUUCUGAGCACUCCCUCGCUUGAAGAAUGUUCGGGAGCCUCCUCUCUGUGUAUGUAUAUAUACAUAUAUACAACUCUGAAUCACUCACACUCACUCUAAAACUAUGCAGGGCUAGGGAGCCUUUACAAGCUAUCAUAUAAAUGAAUUACAUGCACUUUUAAGUAAAUAGGUUUCUAUUGGAUGUCAACAACUCUGAUUUUUCCCGAAACUGUAGUUUCUCUUACAGUCUCUUCCUACUUUACCCUGUGGAUAUACACUCAGGAAUAAUCUGACAUUUUAAAAAAUCCUAACAGUAGAUAGUCUCAAAACUGGGAACAUGUCAGUUGAUCUGUCUACACCGGCAAACCGCUGCCUCUCGCUCCGCUGCCUGACUAGUUAGCUGCUGCCCGUGCAAUCCGUCGAUGUUGGCCACGCUGCACACCAAGCCCUGGGUCUCCCAGAGUCAGCACCAGGCUGCUAUGAGAUCAGCUGCAUAUCAUCACCUCUGAGGUUCCUUUUUUUUUUUAAGAGACGGAAAACUUUAGGACUCUGUUCUCAUUUUUAGGAGGUUUGACCUUUUGUAAUAAGAUGACGGUAUCUUUUGAAACUAAUCUCUGUUUGUCUCUCCUCAGAAACAAAAAAUAUUCAUUCCAUCGCAUUCCUUAAGGUGUAUUAUGUACAUGUGUUGACAUGAAUUCUUUUGAUACAGUUUUAAAUUUCUCUUCUGAAUUCAGACUGUGCUGUGCUGUGCUGGUACUGCAAUUAAGAGUGAGUAGAUAUAGUUGGUGGGGAAGUCUUUCUGAUCUCCAACCUGUUUUUUUGUGUUUGUUUUUUUUAAAGACAUAAGAGCUAUUGAUGCCCCACAUGGCAUAUUUCUGAAAAUCUAUUAAAUAUUCUUUCAUGUCCCCAAAAUAUAAAAGAAGUGACCCACUGUUAGUAGUUUUAUUUAAUUUAUGAAGUUUGUUUUUAAUAAUUGGGCAGCAUACCUGGCUGAACUGUGUAUAGAGAGAAACGUGCUGUGGGCCUGUGGACUGCUGUGACUUGCAGAGGGUGAACAGACGUGGGUUAGGGUAGGGUUAAUGGAUUUUUAAUGUGUCUCGUGAAAUAUGGUCAGUAGGGUAGGUUGAAUAGCUAUGUGCCUCUGGCUUUUGACCCCAUCUCUUCAAUCUUUUUUAAUGCUUCGUAAGCAUUAAAAUCUUUCAGUGCUGUACUAAGAUAAAUGUGAAGUCUGAGUAAGAUUGCUCUGAGAAAUUAACAUGUAUAAUAUAAAACUUAGGCCGUAGGGCCUAGCGUUUUACUCGGUGUAGAAACUUCCUGAGAACCAAAUCUCAACACACCAGAUCUCCUCUUGAGGCCAUGGACAAUCAGGCCGUUAGACAAUCGCCACUUUUGGGGCCCACCAUGUUGAGGUUGGCGAAUGCCAGCUAGACCCUGGAGUGGAAGCAGAGGAUCCGCGUUUCUUCAAGAUGCUGUUGGUCUUGUUCUUACAUUUUUGUUUUAAUUCUAUGAUCUUGAUUAAUAAUUUCAGUUCAGAGUCAUAGGUAUGACUCCUAAGGGGAAAAGAUAGCAAGAAAGGCAAAACAUAUUCCUGAAAAAAGAGUCGUUUGAAUUGUUCACGUACCAUGCAUAAGCUUUCUCAGCGCCCCUGUAGCUUUUUCUAAGCACAUCCCUAGACCUAAGCUCUCCUGACAUUUCGGUAACCAGGUAGAUUUUAAGGAUUUUAAAUGACUUCUUUUUAUUUGAGUUAUUUUUUGUUAUUAUUGAACUCUCUAUGAAACUUUACCUAAUUCUUGUUUAUGCCUCCUUAAAAAAAAAAAAACAAAACCUGUUCUUCAUUGGGUUUUCUUUGGAUUUGUUCUUCAAACUUGAGUAGCAGUGGAUAGCGCUUGUCCACUGAUGGAUGGAAAACAGCACGUGCAGUCUCAGCAGAGGGUACAAAGCUGACCCCGCCGUGUGUCGGUCUCUAGAGGUCUCAGUAACAACUCGGCAAAAUAUGUAUUUUCAUGUUUAAAUCUGCCUUUUAGGGAAAAUAAGUUUCGUGAAACACUUGUAAGAUACCUGUUCACAAUUCUAAAGCAUUUAUGUUUUUAUCUUAGGACUGAACUCAAAGGGAAAUGUUUGACUUUUUAAUUAUUUGGUUGACCUUUAACUUACUGUUGAAAGUUACUAUUAAAGCAGCAGUGAUGGGUGCUACUCCCCGUUCUGCAGUAGUUUACUUUGUCUACUAAGGAGUUUGCUUUCAAACCUCAUUACAGAUAACCUUACUAAAAGAGUUACCGUCACACACUAAAGGGUAUUGUGCUAUUUUUCCAUUAACACUAUUGUAUAAACAAUGUUCUAUGAAAUGUUAAGUUGUCUCUUUGUCCUGUUGAUUGCAAUAGCUGUUAUGUAAUUGUUGUAUUGGCAAGUCUUUUGAUUUUUUUUUUUUUCCCUCUAGAAAACCCUCAGACCAUGAGUCUCAAUCUUCCAUAUUCUGAAUAUUAUAAUGCUGUGGCCAUUUCUGUAGAAAGAUGACUCGCAAGUGUGUAUCUUGAAAAUAACCUCUUGUGUUUGAGUGUUUACGUGGGUUCUGUCUUAAGAGCUGAGAGGAGCUCUGGAAGCUUCAUGGUGUACCUGCACAUGACUGUGUGUGUGGGUUCGAUGGGCAGGUGGGACGGAACCUUGCCCUUAGGUGGGGUGACUGAGAGAGAGAUUCCUGAACUCCACUUGCUGUUUAUGCACCACGUCUGCACUUGAGAGAGGUGGUGUCUUCUACAACACUGCAUUUCUUGUGGUUGUGCUGUUACUGGUAUAAAGUCAAGUGCCUUCAAUGCUAAAGGCUCAGAAAUUUUUCUUAAAACUGAUUUCAUGUCCUAUGCAAGUGUUUUCUACAACCUGCAUAACCAGUACUUUGUAAAACUUGUUUACGCUUCGACUGUACAUAGUGUUUUUUAAAGAAAUACAUAGUAUUUUUAUUUAGGUACCUCCGAACUUGAACUCGUCUGUGGGAAGCAUUGUAAAACGAUCGAUCCAUUUCUCUUUUGAGUACCAUUACGGUUGUACAGAGGUUUUCACUGGUUCUAUUUUUCUACUGUUACUGACAAGCAUGUAACACUGACUUUAUCCUACAUAUAGUUGGCGUUUCAAAUAAAUGGCUUGGAUAGAA